AUGCUACCAUUCGAUGUCACGAAAAAGAAGUGUUAUUUCAUAGACCAGGUUCGUUUCUUUGGAGCAAAGUUCAAGUCCCUACCUCGUCUUAUAUCAGCUAUACAAGCAGAGAAGAUGUUAAGAAAGGAGUCAUGCCAGGGAUUCUUGGUUAACAUUAUCGGUUCUCAACAUACAGAAACGACUGUUAACGAUAUUAAUAUCGUGCGAGACUUUGCAGAUGUGUUCCCAGAAGAUUUGCCUGGCAUUCCACCAGGUAGGCAAGUGGAAUUUACAAUUGAUUUAAUUCCUAGAGCAGCGCCAGUAUCUAAGGCCCCGUACAGAAUGGCACCGAAAGAACUUCAAGAAUUGAAGUUGCAAUUGGAGAAAUUGCUAGAGAAAGGUUUUGUUCGACCGAGUGUAUCUCCUUGGGGAGCUCCUCAUGGAAAAGUGCUUGCUUAUGCCUCGGGACAGUUGAAGCAGUAUGAACAAAACUACCCAACACACGACUUGGAUCUUGCAGCGGUAGUUCAUGCCUUAAAGAUAUGGUGUCAUUAUCUCUAUGGUGGGAAGUGUGAAAUUUAUACAGACCACAAGAGUCUUAAACACUUCUUCACACAGAAGGAACUGAAUAUGAGACAGAGGAGAUGGUUGGAACUAGUAAAAGAUUACGACUGCACGAUUCAUUACCAUCCGGGUAAGGCUAACGUAGUUGCAAAUGCCCUAAGCAGAAAGACAGGAUCACAGUUAACAGUUCUACCCACAGUGCAGAAACACUUGGUAAGAGACUUUGAGAAAUUGAGAUUGGAAGUUAUCACGCCACCGACUCAGACUACAGCAAGAGUAAGAGCAUUUAUGAUUCGGCCUAUUCUUCUUGAUCGAAUCAAGGAGGCACAGAAUAAGGAUCCAUUCCUACAGAAGAUAAAGGCUGAGGUUGGCACAAACAAACGUAUGGGAUUUGAAAUGUCUGCAGAUAAUGCCCUGACUUUCAAAGGAAGGUUAUGUGUACCUAAAGAUGAAAGUAUAAUAAAUGAGAUACUGGAAGAGGCUCACUCUGCCCCGUAUUCAGCACAUCCAGGUCAAGGCAGAACACCAAAGACCAUCAGGACUACUAAAACCAUUGGAUAUUCCAGAAUGGAAGUGGGAACAUAUAACGAUGGACUUGUGGUAGGCCUCCCAAGGACAGCAAAAGGUCACAAUGCUAUUCGGGUAGUGGUUGAUCGUUUGACAAAGUCAGCCCAUUUUCUACCAAUCAAGGUAACCUUCAACAUGGAACAGUUUGCACAGCUAUACAUCAAAGAGAUAGUCAGAUUGCAUGGAGUUCCAGUCACUAUUGUUUCAGAUAGAGAUCCGAGGUUCACGUCUAAUGGAAAAGUUUGCAGACAGCCAUGGGGACGAAACUGA